AUGACGUUGACCGAGUUAACGAAGUAUUUAGACAGUCACUUGCCGGAAGACAAUCGUGCGAGCGCCAACAGUUUGUCUCUCUCGUCGGUCUCGGCGAAUUCCUCCCUUUCCUCCUGUUCGAAUUGGAGCGAGUGCCAGCAGCAGCAGCAGCAGCAAGAUUAUUCGUGGAACGACGAGAAAUGGAUACCUAAUGGAGAACAGGUCGGAUCAGUUUCUGGAGGCAAGAUUAGCCAGCAAAAGAUACGGAAAGGAAGACAAGCUAAGAUGACCACGCAGAACGAUCAAGGCUCAAUGGGGAAUACGAAAGUUAAGAGGACGCGAACAGCAUACUCAAACUUCCAACUAAUUGAGUUAGAAAAGGAAUUUGCUUCAACGCGAUAUCUAUGCAGACCGAGAAGAAUACAAAUGACAAUGACGCUAAAUCUGACGGAACGUCAAAUAAAAAUAUGGUUUCAGAACCGCCGUAUGAAAAUGAAGAAAGAACAAAUGCAAGCGAGUAAUAUCUGUAAUAAAAACAUAAAGAAAAAGGAGGAAACAGUUAUUUCCAGUUCUCCAGAAGAGAACUGCAGCGUCUCCACAACAAACACGUUCAGAAACCAAAAUUCGAACAACAUACCGUAUUCGUAUGGUUAUGCGAAUAAUAUUCAAAAUGCCAGUCAAACGAUCGCUUCGAACGGAUCCAGCGUCGACCAAUACGGAGGACAGAAUUAUUAUGUCAAUUCGUUGUCAGCGACGGAUCCGAUUCAACAGAACUACUUGGGAAUGCCGAUGAUGCAAGGAGCCUGUUCACAGUACCAGGGACACAUGCAGACUGUGAACAACCAUUACACACAACAGCAAUACCAUUAUCCGCAAUUCGUUUAUCAGUCGUACAACGUUCCUUACGAGCAACAGUGGAACGGUUCCUACGCGAGUCAUCAACCGGCCCAAAUGAAUACAGAAAAUAAUGCUCAAGACAAUUCGGAACUAAUCGCUGAAUUGAACACUUUGAAAAAUGAAAACGCCUGUGAACCGCAAUCGUCGUCUCAAUCGUCGCCGCAAUCGAUGCCGCAUUCGAUGCACAGCACCCUCAAUGAAAUUAUGAACAGUGUGAUUGCCCUAAAUUUUCCGGACAUAUCUUCGGAAUAUACGAAUUUGUAA